AUGGCGCGUCAAGCACCGAAGCCCGCCGCAGGCUCAAAACCCGUCCGCAAGAGCCGAGCGGCGCCAAAGUCAGAAAACUUCCUACGCAUCAAGACGCUCAAGCAGAACAUGUUCUCGCCUGCCCCCCCGCCCCUGAGAAUGGCCCGCCAGCGAUACCUGCGCCAUUGGACGAUUCACCGCGCGUGGCAGCUCUUUCGACGCCAGCAGCGCGACACGAUUGGCAAAGAGAGACAACGUAUGCACGCUGGCAUGUAUAACGCCUGUGAGGAGUUGAGGAAGACUGUUGGCCCUGAAGGCAGGGGUGAGGGCUAUCUCUACAGAGUGGCUAUGGAGAAGAAGGGUGUUUGGGGCACGAAUGCCGUUCCCAUUGAGUAUGCGAGAUUUCAAACUGAUAGUCCCGCUAAGGAACCCUGGAAUCAUGACUGGAAGAGGUAG